UUGGAUCAAUCUGCUGUCAAUCACUCAGAAGCCACGCCCAUCCAAACACACUCAAGGAAACCAACGACGUUGACAGCAUUUCCUACUCUUGUUUACUAACAUUUCACGCAAGCUGCAAAGCUGUGGUUAGAUUCUCCUAAAACUUUCGAGAUGGCUUCAAGCUUCAGGAAACCCAGCGCCACCACGAACCAGCGGAAGAGAACAGGUCCUAAACCAGAACUGACAGAGGAACAGAGGCAGGAGAUCAAAGAGGCGUUCGAUCUGUUUGACACAGACGGGUCUGGAAACAUAGAUGUAAAGGAACUGAAGGUUGCUAUGCGAGCUCUGGGGUUUGAGCCGAAGAAAGAAGAGAUAAAAAAGAUGAUUGCUGAUAUUGAUAAAGAAGGGUCGGGCGUAAUCAGCUUUAAUGAUUUCCUUUCUAUGAUGACACAGAAAAUGAGUGAGAAAGACUCAAAAGAAGAAAUCCUGAAGGCUUUUAGGCUAUUCGACGACGACUGCACUGGCAAAAUCUCUUUCAAAAAUCUCAAGCGAGUGGCCAAAGAGCUCGGGGAGAACCUCACGGAUGAGGAAUUACAGGAAAUGAUCGACGAGGCUGACAGAGACGGUGACGGAGAGAUUAAUGAGCAGGAGUUUCUACGGAUAAUGAAAAAGACCAGUCUCUACUGAAUCCCUCCAUCGCUAAAGCUAUUGUAUCUAUAAGCCUCUUAAAGGACUUCAAGUGUCCUUUUGUGUUGCUUUCUUUUUCUUUUCUUUACUUUGUGUUUGUUUUUUACAAGGUUGUAAAAACAUUUUAAUCUAUACAUAUUUUGUACAGUAUUAAAUAAAAAUGUAUUUGCAUCUGUGUGGUCUGUCUCCACGUAAUGAUCAAGCCCAAAUACAUGUACCUAUGUUUUAUAUACGAAUAUAUAAAAAUUUACGAUGUCCUUUUGAGUUUUAAGUCUUAAAGUGUAAUCCCUGCGACUCAGAACCAAAUGUUUGGGGGUUUGGCCAUAGAAAUGUCCUCUCCUUGGUCUUUGACAACUUUUAAAACUUAUAAAACACAUUUAUAUAAAAUAAGUAUGAUAUAGGGAAUAUCUAUUUACACUAGAGUGAGCCAAAUAAUGUUUUUAAAAAAUCCUUGUAGCAAUGGCUGAGUGAAUAUGAUAAUAAAUCCAUGCGGCUUUACCCAUUGUGACUUAUAGAGGGUAAUCUAAGAGAUUCUGUUCAUAUUUACAAGUGUUAUUUUGUAUUAUUUGUUGCAUUCACACUUUAACAGACAGACAGAUAGAUAGAUACUGUAUAGUGCCUCAGUAUGUAACUCCUUUUUAAAGACAUCAAUUAUGUGUG